CCGGAAGUACUUUUUUUAAUUGUUGCUGACGAGACGCUGUUGCUCACAGCAGUGAUCCUUGAAUCUCAUCGUUAUUUCUGAUUAUUGCAUUACUUUUGUGUCUUCAGAAAUAUAUUUUUUAAACAGGUAACGUUUAGCUAAACAGAACAAUUAUACACGCUACUCUUCGUGUCGAAAUUAGUAUUUUCUUUGACCGGAAUCAUACGCCGAGGGCCAGCUCACGCUAGCAAGUUGUCGUUUUCAAAUAAACAACGUUAACGUUACAGUAGUUAGCUAAACCUAGGUAGUUCAUCUGAAGUACAUUAUAUUACACCAUCAAUCAUGGCAGUUGUCAACGAAGGCGCAUUGAAGAAAAUGCUCAAGCAAUACAAAUACAGGGACUUGACUGUUCGUGAGAUAACCAACGUCAUCUCCCAGUACAAGGACCUGAAGCCUGUUAUGGAUUCAUAUGUUUUCAAUGAUGGCUCCACUAGAACUCUGGUGAGCUUAACAGGAACAGUGCCAGUCAGCUACAGAGGAAACAUAUAUAACAUCCCAGUGUGUCUAUGGCUGCUGGACACCUACCCAUACAACCCUCCCAUCUGUUUUGUGAAGCCCACCAGUGCCAUGAUGAUCAAGACUGGCAAACACAUUGAUGCCAACGGCAAGAUCUACCUGCCCUAUCUGCACGAGUGGAAACAUCCCCAGUCGGACCUGUAUGGUCUGAUCCAGGUGAUGAUCGUGGUGUUUGGGGAGGAGCCCCCCGUAUUCUCCCGCCCCACCACACAGGCCCCCUACCAGGCCUUCCAGGCUGCAGGACCCCCAACCGUAACAUCCUACAUGCCAGGUAUGCCAGCGCUCUCCCCGUACGGACCAAACCCCACCCCUGGUGGCUAUCCAGGGUACCAGUACCCUAGUGCAAACUCGUAUCCUGCCACAGCUGGCACUACACACUACACUUCCCAGAUUCCUGCCUCCACUGUGGGCCCCAGUAGGGAUGGUACCAUUGGCGAGGACACCAUCCGUGCGUCGCUGAUCUCGGCGGUGAGCGACAAGCUUCGUUGGAGGAUGAAGGAGGAGAUGGACCGGGCGCAAGCCGAGUUGGACGCGCUGAAGAGGACCGAGGAGGACCUGAAGAAAGGACACCAGAAACUGGAGGAAAUGGUCUCACGGCUAGACCAGGAAGUGGCAGAGGUGGACAGGAACAUUGACCUACUGAAGCGUAAGGACGAGGAGCUGAGCGAGGCACUGGAGAAGAUGGAGAACCAGUCGGAGAACAACGACAUUGAUGAUGUAAUCGUGCCCACGGCGCCACUCUACAAGCAGAUCCUCAACCUGUACGCUGAGGAGAAUGCCAUUGAGGACACCAUCUUCUACCUGGGAGAGGCGCUGCGCCGCGGGGUCAUAGACCUGGAGGUGUUCCUCAAGCAUGUGCGUCUGCUCUCCCGAAAGCAGUUCCAGCUGCGAGCCCUCAUGCAGAAAGCCCGCAAGACCGCCGGCCUUAGUGACCUCUACUGACCCCGCGGACACCCAUACACACUCCCUUUCUCCCAGUCUCUCCCUCUGUACAGCUCCUCCUCUUUAUAUCUGUCUUUUUGUCUCUUUCUCUCGGUCUGUCCUCUUCUCUCUAAAAGACGUGCCCUAAAAUUGUAUGAAAAGAGCUAACAAAUUUGUUUUGUUUCGAACAUCUCCUAAACAUGCAUCUAGUUGGAUAACUAAUGUGGAAAAUAUGCAGUUUGAUAUGGAGCAAAUGUCUGCCAACAUUAAUUCUUGCAUUUAUUUCUUAAUAUUGGCAGUCAUAUGCUUCCAUAGUCACAAUGUUGGAGUGGUAUCAAAUGAGAGGUGUGAGAGUAUGUGCUCUGACAUUGUGUGACAGUUGCUGGUGUGAGUUUGUGCUUACUUGUCUCGCUGUAAAGGAAAGCUUACACUCUGAUAUAAAUAUAAGUCUCAACUAGGGAUGUGCAUCUCUCCUUUCAUGAAAGAUUCUAGAUACAUGGGCACUGAUACGCUACAGGAAUGAUGCCUUUUUGUUUUAAAAGAUUCAGUUUGAUUAGGUGAGCGAAUUAAUGCGAUUUGGUUAGAUACGAUAUGCUUCAAUGCACUAAAAUUAUUUGCAUGAACACAUUUAAUUUUCUAUUUUAAAUAUGUAUCUGCUGCUGUUGGGAUGACUUCUCUUAGCUGAGUGGCUGUGUGUGUGUGUUAGUCGGUGUGUGUGUGUAGGCACCAGAGCUGAGCAAUAGGGAAGACUGAGCAUCUACUACCCCACUAUCAGAUUAGGGAUGGAAGGCAAUUUCUGCUUUUUGUCCCCCCCACUUUAUCAGAAAUCACCAUCACCCACUGAUUAACUUGUCAUUUUUUAAGAAAAUGUUUGUGCUAGUACUAUGUCAAUAUGUGUCUUUAGAAAUUAACAUGGCAUUUAGCCAAUUAAGAUAAUGCAUUUUUGGAUUUUACCCUGUCUCAAAAGCAAAUUGUUUGGACCAUUGAUUGCAAAAAUGAUUGCUGUCCAUUAUGAAGUUACCUUCUUCGUUUAAAAAUGACCAAAUACACCGACUGUUGAAAGCAAAAUUACCAAAACCUGAACAAUUGAAAUACAAUCUGAAUGAAAACCCCAAUCAACAGUUGGAUGUGAGUUGUCCACAACUCACAUGUGAGAGGCUACACAACUCCGGUAAAGCACAAUGUUCUUGUAACAAUGACCCAGCAAAUUACAUUGGUUGUCACUCAACUAAUAAAGCCUAUGAUUUGACAUGGUAAAAGCCAUUGUGCAAGCAUCUGAGUGCUGAAGGUGCGCGCAGAUGUAUCCUAUUAGAACAGGGAUAGGCCUGCCUUUUGUUGGCGUGAUCAGUUGUCUCUCGCACUAUGCCACAGUUAUUUGACAGCACGUACGCAGUUACAUGCAUAAAAGUUUGAUAGGCUACUGAACUGAAGGAGAGGCAGCAUCAAUUGUCACAAUUAGAUAAGAGGUAUUUUUGGUAUAAAACAAUAUGGAGUAAAAAAAAAUAUUAGUGAACUUGUGAUUUGAAUCGGUUUUCUGACCAAUGUAUGAAGCAUGCUUAAUUUGGAUUGCUUUGGGAUCCCGCAGACCGAUGCACAAGUAUCUUAAACAUUUGAACCAAGGACCGAUGCGCGUCAGUGAAUCGUUACAUCCCUAGACUCAAACUUUUAGGAAAUGACAAGGGUUCAUCUAGUCGGAGCAUACUUUCUCAAAGCAGGGUUCAUGUUGGCACAAAACUGUUGGGAAACCUUUAGAGGUACAAUUUGAAUUAUAUUUUUUUGUAUUAAAAAAAAUUAUAAUAAUGGCAGCCAUUUGUUCCAUAUCCAACUGCAUCAAUGCUGAAUGAGGUGAGCAGGUGACCCUGGCUUGUGCUCACAGUCCCCCUACUCUUUAUCUUGGCUAUUCUGUCUAUUGCUCCCAUUGGCAUCUGGAACAAUUGAGAAACGGCUUUCCACGUCAGCUGUUCAGGAUGAUCCUUCAGUCUUGAGCUGUGUCGUGCUUAUUAUGACACUCAAUAGACAAUGUUUUCAAAGUUUCGCAACGGAGAAGGAAAAUUAUAGUCCGUUCUUCUGUUUGGUGCCUAAUGAGCAGAACCAUGAUGGUCAGUCGAUCAUGUCCAUUGAUUCUCAAGACUCCCCUAAGCCCCUGUACAGUGUCUGUAUGUUCAUGUUUGAAUGUGUCACUUAACGUGUUUCUAUUCAAAGGCGUCAAAAGGAAAAUGUUAAUGUUUUUCUCUUGCUUCGCUUAGUUGUUUAUUUUCUGUUUUCUUUCAUGUUUUCAGCUGUUCUAAGAGAUCAAUGUCUUUACCCUUUCGGUUUAUAUAAAGGUUGUUAAUUAGAAACAAGUGAAGUUUUUUUUUUUUUUUUUACUAAUCAGAAAUGUAUGUAGACAGGUCUCUUUUUAAAAUGAGCUUUUACUAAAUGCACUUUGAAUUGUACGAUAUGCUGUAGUUUUUUUUCAGAUUACUUUCAUUUUCAACAAUAGACCAUCUGUUCUUUUAUCUGUAGAAUUUUAUGUAAAUCAGCACAAUAAAACUAGACUGGUUUGCCAAAAAUUACUCCUGUGGGGGUUCACUUUGGUGAUGGUGUAGAUCUAAAACACGUGUGCCCUUUUCAUACUGUUGUGCGGAGCAAACCCCCCCCCCCCCUCAUUCGCCUCAAGGCUGACCAUUGACAAGUCAAACAUUGGUCUAACUUUUCUGACUUGAUAACCUAGAGCAGCCGAUGCUUGUUGUAUGCAAAGAGACUGUCAUGUUUUAGUUCUACAGUUUAGUGUGUCAUAAAAUGGACCCUCCGACCUCCGUUGAGAGGAAAGACCAGGGACCUCCAUUUCACCUCAUUGAAUGAGAUCCCUAAUCUGCGAAUGUCUAAAACCCUGCCUCAAACAACUGAAUCGGAUGCAAUUCUAACAUGUAAACACAACUAUCAUACAGGCAUAGCAUGCGCACACACGGAGAGAGAAAACAGAUUGGUUGUUUCAUCAUCCUGGUAGUUUUAUUUGGUUGGAGUAAAUCGUAUCGUAAGUAUAUCCAGAUGGCACAGGGGGCUCUUUACAAGUUUUUUUUUUUUUUUGUAAUUUCGUCUUUCGUUAAUUUUAGUAAUCAGUCGACCAUGAAUGUCCAUUAUAGCCUCACGUGGAAGUCUUGUCACAUUUUCGUAGACUAAAAUGAAAAGUAAUUUGCAUUUGUCAUAGUUUCAGGACAUCUCGUUAUCAUUGGUUUUA